AGGUUUUCUGUAAUUUUGUGCGAAUUUGUGUUGCCUUCAUAUGGCAACACUAGGAGAAAGGGUAUAAAAAGGCGUGUUUGUCUUUCAUUGGGGCUUUUUUGAUUCGAGCACGCAUCGAAGGCAGACGUACCAUUUUGAACACGUGUACACUUGUGUUUGAGCACGCGUGCGUUUUGGAAAUUUAGAGUAAGUAACCAAUAUACUUAUUAUUUAUUAUUUCAAUGGUUGUUUUAUUUAUAGAGCAUGUACCUGAGGCAGCUUUAUGUAUAUCCAGGUAUCCGUAUGUUAGUUAAUGAUCAUGUUACCGUGGUCUUACUACAUUUCAGAAGUGGGAUCGUAUCCAUAUGUGUUAAUCAGGAUACACCGUUUUUGAGAUAUUUUACUUUGGAAAUAUAUCUGUAUAAAUAUAUACAUAUAGGGUUAUCUGAAGAAUAUUUACAUGUUCCAAUGUUUUCGAGUUCCAGAUUAUGCCUCUUGAAGACGAGAUCGUUCCACGAAGACGACUGACGAGCCGAGACGAGCCGAGCCGAGCCGAGCCGAGCCGAGCCGAGCCGAGCCGAGCCGAGACGAGCCGAGACGAGCCGAGACGAGCCGAGACGAGCCGAGCCGAGCCGAGACGAGCCGAGACGAGCCGAGCCGAGCCGAGCCGAGCCGAGCCGAGCCGAGCCGAGCCGAGCCGAGCCGAGCCGAGCCGAGCCGAGCCGAGCCGAGCCGAGCCGAGCCGAUACAAGCCGGGAGCGCAGCCGGAGAGAGAGCCGGGAGUGCAGCCGGAGAGAGACGUCGCUUCACGCGUCGGCACAACGAGCGACACAGCCAACGACGUCGCGGCGAAGGGCAGGAGGUGCGACGUUCGUCGGCAGCUAAGGGAAUAG